AGGCAAUUAGAAUCCUAAGUGCAAGAACUACAAACAGUAAGUAAAUGACAUCAUAUAUUUUUAUAGUGGUUCAAAGAAUAACGUGUUCCUUUAGUCCAAUGGUCCACUAAAUCUGUAAAAACUUGUUACAACACUUAGAUCUCUGGCACUUAAGAAGGUCUCGUCUUCUUUAAGUGUAGUGUCCUUAUCACCCCAGAUGCACUUCCUUACUACCUGAUGACUAGCCUUUUCACGGAGCAUGCUUGAAGUAUUCCCACUUCAGUGUGGUUACUUUGACGCCCUUGUUUGGCAAGAAGAAUACUUUGAAAGAUUAGAUACCUUUACUUUUUACACAUGAACCUCGUUCAAAAGUUCGUGUUUGCAGAAAGCAACUAGGCAAUAUGUACAACAAAUAUAAAUAUACAAAAAAUGCGUACAAGUAGGCUGAGCAUUAAAGCUUGCAAAUAAAUCACAAUUAUUAUACGGUUUGAAUUGUCUUGAUAUCCGUGCCGAGUCAAAAGGCAAGUACCCAGCACAAUUUUAGAUCCACCGUGCAUGGGAACAGGGGAUAGGAGCAAGUGGUGGUGGUACGUUUUUUUACAUGGAACAUGGAAAUCUGAUUCUUUUAGUCUACGGACACUAUCUUUUGGUACUAUAUAUAGAACCCACACCAGCUAAUCUGCAAUGCAACGCUGUCCUCCCUAAAUCUCUCUCUGAAAGCGGGCCAUAAAUACACACUCACCUGCAAACCAGCUUAGGUCUGAAACCAGAGUUGGUUACAGCACGCAAGAUGUGGGUGUUGUAAUCAGCUUAGCCUAGCUUAUACAGUGUGCAUAUACAUAUAUGAUAUAUCAGGGUAUAGAUCUAGUAAAAAUGGCCUGGCCUGGGGAGAGAUCGAGCGGGUCAGUUUGUGGUGGUAUUGUUGACAGAAGAUAGAGAGCACAUAUGAUGAAGUGCUGCUAAUGAAACUUGAAACAGCAAAGAAAACAAUAGGUUCGGUCUGAAGAUUGGCCUGGAAAAGCAUUUCAAUUCAUUUGUGCUCUCUACCUUCUGCCAUCAUGCACCUUCUCUCCCACUCCUCUCCUCGCCUUAGCUUAUUCCAUCGUUACUAUCUUUAUUCAAGUACUCGAUCUGUCAAACUUUUUGGUACUUUUGAAAGUUGGUAUGAUUUUUCUUUGAGGAUUUUGAGAUUUUUCUUUCUCUUUUGGGCAUUUCCACAAAUGGAAAGGAGUUGUUGAAUCUGGGUCAGACUGUAUUAACUGUUGCUUUUCCAGUACGUUCGGGUAAUACUCCUACUCCGUAUUAUAUUAUUGCAGGUUUAAUUUUCUAGGGUAACGGGUAUGAAAUCAGAUCUGCAAGUCUAUAUAUACUGUACCAAAGUAUGACUAUAGCAAGAUAUACUCCAUUUCCAGAUCUAUUUAUAUAGAACUAUUAAUUAGUAAUAUAAGGUAUAGGUCCCGGCCGGCCAGGUGAUUCACUCCAUCUUCAUUUCUGUAGCUAGGAUGUACUUAAACGAAUAUUGAAUCUAAUUCUGGUGUCUUUUUUCAGCUGAUUGUGAUUUACGAAGUAUUUUACAGGAAUUACAUCUGCUUAAAUGGUACUUGAGGCCGAUGCAUGUGCUCGAUCAUAACAACCUUGAGGUAAUAGUUAGCCUUAUUCCGUCCUCAUAUGUAUAUUAUUUCAAUAAAAGAGGUAUGUUGUUUAAGUUUUUUUUAAAGAAUGUUAUAUUGUUUACUUAAGAUCUAUAACAAGAAGUUGUAAUUAACUGAAUGGCUAACUUAUUAUGCUAAUAACAAAUGGCCAUUUAAAACGUAAGUGUAAUGUUAUAGAAUAUUAUCCGAAAUAGGACUAAAAAAGUUUGAAAAUUCUAAAAUAGGACCGUCAUGUUUUUAUUCCCAAAAUAGGACUAACUACUGUAAUGUUUUGGCAGUACCAGACAUCAAACAUGGCAGUAUUUUCUAAACUUCUCAGUAAUUGUUUCUAUUUUGGGAAUAAAAAAUAUGACACUUCUAUUUUGGAAUUUUGAAAUUGUUUUAGUCCUAUUUCGGGAACUUUCCCUCAAUGUUAUUUGUUGCAGAAGUAUGUAAAUAUGAAACACAAAAUUUCAUGAAACGGUCUGAAAUGACCACAAAUAGAUGAAUCAAUAAUAACCAAUUAACGAUGCAACUCAUGGCGGGUUUAUUAGUUACCAUUUAAAAGCGAUCAUUAUUUUUGCAAACAAUUGUCCGGCCAAAAUACACACCAAUCUUUAGUGUAUAAAUAAUACCUGGUAUAUGGCUGAAAUAAAUGUAGUUGACAAAAGUGUAGUUUUUUUAUACUUUAGUAACUAUCACAGUAAUUUUGGUUAUCAUUAAUUGGGUUCAACUUACACCAUAGUGAUAAUAGAUAGUGACUAUAUAUAAAGUUAUUAUAUAGUAAUAUUUCAUAAAUUAUAUUUCAAUGAUGAUAUCUAAGAAAAACACGCAUUCAAUAGCCACAACCAAUUCAAUUCAAAGGUUAUUUGUAGCUAGUGUGGGUGUGGGUGUAAGAUUUAAGAUCAAAAGAGGAUGUUAAUUAAUUGUCUGCACAAUUCAUGAGAUUAUGUUUUUCAAAGGACUACGUAUAAUAUGGACUUAAGAAUAAUUGAUUGACGAUUCUCCUAGUCGUGCAACUUAUGAUGGCUUUCAGGAUAAAUUGUUAGUUUUGUUGUUGUUGUUGAUUUUCGAAAAUAAUAUGUCACGAAUACAUUAUCUGAUCUAAUGUGGGAUGAAAUGGAGAAUGAAAGAAAAAAGAUUGUUGUCAUACUUGUUUAAAGUCUGCAUAAUAAGUGAUUAACCUAAUCCUCUGUGCACUGAGAGCAUAUGUGCUGGAUUUAUCCGUGCUUCUUGAUAGAAUAAACAUAAACAUAAAUUUUAAGUUUAAUCUAGUAACUCGAGAAGUGAACAAUUAAUGUGUUGUUUAGAUUAGUUCACGAUAUGAUGAUGACAAGCAAAUGGGACAUUUAGGGGCUCUUUACUAACUGAGAUAUUUUCCUAUUUUCUACUUAUGUUUUUCGUUCUCCAAGAUUCUGUUUUUCUUUUUCAAUUUUUCUAUCUCCAGAUUUCUGUGUUUAUUUUCUAGUUUUUCAUUUUCAAAUCUAAAAACAUGUUCAUCAAUUUUUUCACCCAAUUCUCUGAUCAUCCAGAAGACUGACACGUUUACUUCACAAGUUACUAAACGGUGCUUAUUAAGAUUCACGUCAAUAAGCGACGCAUAAAAAGCAAUGUUAUAAGAUCAUGUUUACAUCAAAAGGUUUAAAACACCGUUUAACAUUAAAAUGUCCAAAAUAACUCUGUACAUAUAUAGACACACAAACAUUCAUGAAAACAAAUGUGUAAUAUAAUAUGUGGGGUCGAUCACCUCGUACGUGUACCCAUACUCCUAAUCUCUAUCCUGCCCAUAUACCUCGUACCCCCACCCUACACUCAAUUCCACACCCUUGACCCCUACCCCUACCCUUACCACGAUCUUACACUCUACACAUACUCCCUUAAAACCCUUCAUACCCACCCAUACCUACUCGUAGGGGUCAAGGUGGGGAAGGAAGGUGGGGGUGGGUGGGGGUGGGGUGGUAAGGUCUAGAGGUACGGGUUGGGUGGGGUAGUGGGUGGAUUAGAAUGGUGGUUAGGGGUAAGGGUGGGGGUAGUGAGAAGGGUAGGGAGUUGGGAUAGGAUGGCGGCAGUUUUAAGAAUUAGAUCCAAACACCCUCUUAUUAGGUGGUGUUUGGAACUGGUUAUGCUUCUGCUUCUUUUUUAAAGCAAAGUCAGAAUCAGUUUUCAGAAGCUGGUCACCCCCAUCUUCUAAUUAAACUGAUUCUAGGAGUAAAUUAGAGCACCAGUAUCACUUCCGCACUUUUACCCAAACAUUCCAAUUACUUCUGCUUCUGCUCCUUGGAGGAGCAGAAACAAUUUUAAGAAUCAGUUCCAAACACCCUCUUAUUUAUUUUUGUUGAGUUUAAUCCAACACGAUAUAAUUAAUAUAGAUAUAAAUAUGUAUGAACAAGCUAUUUUUACGUGGAAACUCGAAAGGGAGAAAACCACGGGACUUUUCGGGCUAAUGUCCAAGCCACUCUUAUUCUCAUUAGGCUCUCCUCACCCUUUUAGUACAAGUAUGAAGCUCCCGUUAAUAGAGUAUUUUGAGCUAGCUAAUCUAGAGAGAGGGGGGAAAUGGGGAAAAGAGACUAACCCUUAACAUGGAGGGAAAACCUCCUAUUUAUAGGAAAUGGGGGUGGGGGAAAGCCUACCCUAAUGGGCCAAGUGGAAUAAAAUGGGCCAAAGGGCUGAACCAUGCCUGAUAGGUUGAAAGGGGCCUCGUAGUUCGGGCUUUGUACUGGGGCGAGGCCUUGGGCUUCUGAACACUAACAGACCGAGAUAAUAUACCUCAACAAUUUUAAUACAAGUCUUUGUUAUGCUCCUACUCCAAAGUACUACGUGUGAAAUAAUGGGAAAGCAGUGCCCCAAUAAGAGCCCUGACAGGUGUAUUUAACACAGAAUAAGAGUUUCCAAAAUACACAAGAAUUCUCGAUCGGUUCUGUGGUGGAUACCGGCGCCAUGGACGAGGCUGCAGCGGCGGAUUCCAAGGCCAUGGUGCAGCGGCUCGGACAAAAGAGAGAAGAUGAGAACCGAAAAAAAUAGGAUUUGACUCUUGAUACCGUGUAAAAUAAUGGGAAGUAGUGCUCCAAUAGAAGCCCUGGUUGAAGUGUUUAUAACAGAAUAAGAGUUUUCAAAAUACACCGUAAUUUCUAAUUUAACAUAACUAUUACUACGUAUCACAAAUGCAAAGUCAAAUAGUAGCAUAAAUAAGAGGUGGGUAAAUGCCACUUUUCCUAAAGUAAAUAUAUCCACUUUUGUUUCAUUGUGUAAUACCUCAAAAAAAUCAAGAUCGUAUUUAUAAAAAAAUCUUAUACCGAAGUGUUUUAUAUCGACUAUUUUCUUAAAGAAUAAAGCACAUAACAGGUUCUAUAGUUCACCGUUGAUUUCCACGUAGGAUUGAUCUAGGGGUGCUCCUAAAUUAAGAACUCUUUAUAAAGAGAAUUUUUAAUUUCAACUUUUCAUUUGUUGUAAUCAUUGAUUAGUAUUCACAUAAGGUCAUUCACGAUUAUCCUAAAUUCAAAUGAGUUUUUUUUUAAUUAAUUUUAAAUUAUUAAGAUAUGAGGUUUCAUCCUAAAAGGUAAACCUGAUAAGUGGAGUAAUCUAGAUCCUAAUAUAGCACUCCUUGACAAGUAUCUUGUGUGGGAAUUCUACACCUUUUCUCACGACUAGACACUCGUCUGGAUCAUGUCACCAUUCAUUCUUUUCAUCGAUUCGUUAUUAUCAUUUUUAUAAUCGUAUCAAUUAUUUUUCAUAAAGGUGCACACACCAUGGAUCGAACUGGCUCUGAUAUCAAGUUAAGAUUCAGGGUUUCAUCCUAAAAGAUCAAUCUUAUAAGAGGAGGAGUCCAGAUCAAUCCUCAAAACAAAUCAUUCAAUUUGCUUUUAAGGUUGAUGAUAAGAAUAAACAAAAUAAUUAGUUCAUGGUUUCUUAUACUCACUUGAAUUUAUUUCUCAUUCAAACUAAAUUUUAUUAGCAACUUAAUAUAUAUACGAAGUACUCCCUCCGUCCCAUAAAUAGUUCUUACUUUCCUUUUUGGACCGUCCCAAAAAAAUGUUCCCAUUUCCCUUUUUGCAAAGUUUUGUCUGGCUAAUAUUAAUUUACCUUUUUCUUACUAAAUCACAAUCAUACAUUUCAACUUUAUUCUCACUUUCUUAAAUUCCGAUCCAAAUUGAAAUGAGUACUAUUUUAUAGGACGGAGUUAGUAUUAGUUUUAAAAGACCGGAUCAUGUCGUAUCCUAUCAAAACUAACCAAAUCAAAUCACACGUAAAAGCACCGAAUAAGGAGUGUGAAAUCAAGUAAAAUAGAUCAGAUUUAUACCUAAGCAAACUCUAGCUACUAGACGUUUAGAAUAAAUCACGGUAGAAAACAUUAGUUCUAAGUAACUUUUAUUAGAGGAAAUAUAUUUGACCUACAAUAUUUGAACGAUAAAACUUAAUGAACACUUUUAUGGAAACUAAGUAAGAUUUUCAACAAUAUUUUCAAGCAUGCCAGUUUACCAUAUGUACCUCAAAACAAGAAUAUUCAGUACAAACCAUACUAUACUUGUAACUUAGACUUUUCACUGAGUAUAGGAAAUGGGAACAUAAUCUUACUCGAGAGUUUCCAUGCUAAAAUACGCAAAAUUAGUUGUUUUGCUUCCUUUAGUCUAGAUUCAUUUUACAACUCAUAGAAAUAUGUUGAUGAUGUAAAAUUUUUCGCUCAUUAAUAUUCACAAUUAGUUUUGUCCGUUACAUCUUAAAUUUUAUUUGUUCUAUGAUAAAUCCAAUUAACACGCUUUUUUAAUUCAAAUAAUUAUCUAACGAUUAAGACUAUUUAAUGGGAGAUUUCUCAAAAAGUAAAUGAAGUUUGAAAUUCCAAAAUAGGACUAUUUCGUUUUUAUUUCCGAAAUGGGAUUAACAUGACAGUAUUUACUGUCAUCUUGUAGUCGUGACUGUCAAAUAGUUGCAGUACAAUGAACAUGAUAGUAUUCGUUAUAAUUAAUGACAGUAUUUUUCAAUAAUGACAGUAAUAACUCCUAUUUCGGGAAGAAAAACAUAUUAGUCCUAUUUUUAGAAUUCAAGUGUCAUUUGCUCCUAUUUUGGGUAAUUCCCCCUAUUUAAUCAUAAGAAGUUUAAACUUGCUAAAAAUGUUUUUACUUGGACUGGAAUUUUCGGGUCUGGUUCGACCUGGUCUAAUCUUGUCUGGUCUAGUCUAGUAAACGUCUGAUCUCUAUGUAUUUUAUAAAUGUUCAAUUCUUAUCUGGUCUGGUCUUGUCUGAUUUGGGACCGAAAACAGAUCAACUAAAGCCAUCCUAAAGUUUAUCUUUUUUAAUGAUCCAAUGGUUGAAACUAACAUUUAAUGCUAACAACUAAAAAAUUUGGAUCACUAAACUCAAUUUUUAACUCACGAUCAAGUUAGACGGGCGGAAUAUUCAUCAAUCUAGACUAACACUCUCUUUUUUUUACACACUCAAUACUUCGUGCAUUAAAACUUUAUCAAUUUUCCUUUUUGAUUGUCCCACUAAUUUUGUUAUUUUCAUUUAAGUAAAGAAUCUAUGGCUACAAUCAAUUCUUUCUCUUCUACACAAACAUUAAUCACAUACUACGUAGUUUUUACUUUAUUAAUCUAUGUGUCGAUCAUAUUCGGUUGAGUUUUAAGGCAAAGAGGUAGUGUCAUUUAUGAGGAAUCAAACAAGAGAUGGUCCAGAAGAUUGGUAUUGGCUUGUAGAGAAUUGUGUUCAAGUGAUCCCUUGAAAUGGGAAAUGAUGGAUUACCAAACAAUUUUUUUGUAAAUUGAUGAAUAAAGGAUUAUUUGUUUGUAUAUUUAUGUAUGUUUAUCGGGAUUGAUUCAUUUUUAUGGUUUUCAGUUCGGUUUGAAUCGAGUUGGAAGAUAGAUACAAAAGAAACACUAUAUUCCAUACUCUUUGUUUAAAUUUAUUUGUCUCGAUUAGAAUUUGUUAUUUUUUAAAAUAUAUUAAGAUUAAAUUGAAUAUUUUAAUUAGAUAUUCUUUUGUUCGAUCAAUUUGAUUUAUUACAUAUCAAGUAUAUUUUAGUUUGGUUUGAUAUGAUUCGCUUCGAUCAAAUCAAACCGAUUUAUCCACCCUCAUUUAAGGCCAUAUUUUUGCGAUAGUGGACACCUAAAUUAAAAUUCACAUCCUAAUAUACUUCUACAUUUAUCCCUAAAUUAUAUUUCAAAUGAAAUUUUGUACAUGGAUUAAAGAAAUGUGUAAAAAUGUGUUAGAGAUAUUGCUAGACACAAACUCUAGUAAAGAUGGAAAGAAGGAAUUGAUUUGAGACCAACUAAAAUAUUUGAAAGAUAAUUGAAGAACGGAUCAAUUAGGUAAUCCACACGUACGAAGUGGCGUAUUAUUGAGAGCUAGCAAUGAACAACGUAUCGGAUGAUCCACGUACUAUUAAUGGAUUGACAAAACGAAACAACAACUAAAGUUUGUGUAAUCAAAGGAUUGGGUUGGCCCAUCAGAGACCACCUUGCUAUUGAAUAGUAAGGAGAAGAAUCCAAAACAUAUAUGAUUGCACCAUGAAGUCAUAUAGUCUCGUAUCAACCAUUAAUUUUUAUAGUGGACGAUCACAUAUGCUAUAUCGAUAAUAAUAAAAAAAAAUGCCUAUAUGUCUCCAUAUAUAGUGAACGGGGAAUUCUAUUUACACACACGGGUUUGCUAGAUACAGCCACCGAUAAUCAAAAUAUUUUAUUAUUCCUAAGAUACCCUAACCUUACAUUGUCUUCGUACCUUUUCGCACCUUUCAUAAAAAACAUAGCCUCAACAGUCGGUCAUAGUUUCCGGCAAGAGUUUCUACCGGAAAGAUUUAAGAUAUACAUGUCUGUGUUAAUUGUUGAAUUGGACAACAAAAGUGAUGCAAUAAGAGGGUGUUUGACAACACUGUUUUUCGGCUUAUCAGACUGAUGGAUAGUGUACCCGGGGGUAGCUUAUCCGAGGGGUUAUUACAGUGAAUAACUUAGAGAGAAGUCAGAGCAAUAAGUAAGAGAGAGAGUAGGUAUUCGAUAUAUAAGUUGUGUCUAUUACAAUGGAAAAUGGCCGCUAUUUAUAGUAGCCAUAAAUGCUAGGCAAGGACACGUGUCAAACAUCUAACGGUCGAGGGUCAUCUCAAUCAGGGUGGCAUCGACAUUAGCAUGUGCACCACAUUAAAUGCGGUGGUUGAACGUGACACCGCAUUAAAUGCGGUGGUUGGCUGUCUCUAAAAGGAAUCUUCGUCGAGUCUGCUGUAUGCCGAAGGCCGAGGUGUGGCCGAAGGCAUCAUAUAGCUGAAGGCACCAUAUAGCCGAAGGCUAUGUACAGUCGAGGGCAUGAAAUAACCAAAGGCUAACAUUUUUGCUAGAACUUCCCAGAAGCUUUGCAGGUCCACGCCACGUUGUCUCCUAGAAUUUGGGGCCCUCGACCAUAGGGCCGAAGGCCUCCACGUGUGCACCGUGGGCUUCUUUAUGCUUGGGCUGCUACGUUUGGACUUUGCGUGCUCAUCGGGCUUGAUGGGCCUGUGUAGGAGAAGUAGGAGUCUGUGGGCCGGGGGCCGGGGGCCCUGGGCCAUAUACUCCAUCAGGAGUCCCCCACUCCUUUUGUCGAGAGCUUGUCGAGGGAAAUAGGAGUAUAUGUUGUGAAGUUGUUGGCGGCUGCUUUGUUUGUAGUUUGUAGAGUAGUGAAACAUUUGUGUCUGUGUCUUUUUCUAAGGACAGUCCCUCAAUCCCCCAGGUUUUGGGACUGAUGGUUUUUGUGAUUUUCCCGGAGGGGUUCUCCAGUCCCCCACUCCUUGAGGCACAUGUAAUGGGGUGAAAAGGAGUAGAGUAAUGCCAGUCUUCAGUAGAGGGCCGAGGGCUGAUGCCUUUUGCUUCAUAUUUGGGAGAUGCCUCGUUAAAAAUCUCAUUGGGAAAAACCAUGUGGGAAAAAAUCCUAAUGAGGGAAAAAGAAUACACCGGAUGCCCCCAAAAUGAAGUCAAAAGGUGAACCCUUCGGUCUCAGAUGAAGGGUACGCUGGUGCUGAGGGCCAUUCAUAAUCUGUGGAGAGUAGCUCUGAGAGGCCGAGGGCUGUUUAUGAUCUGAUGGAGGUAAGUACCGAGGGCAGUCCCCUAGGCCUCCAUGUAUUGAGGGUUAAAUCUAGAGGGAGUGUGUUGAAUGUGAUAGCCCGAGGGCUUGCUCUGCUGUUGUUUGAAGGGUGCCAGUUGAGGGCACCUCACGCUUUUCAAAAAUAGUCGUUGGGAUAUUACCAUUGGAGAUGACGUCUAUGUGGCGUAUCCUGGUUGGCUUGUUACAAGCGGGUGUCACCGGUUGGCUGAGGCGACGGUUUGUAAUGAUGGGUUUUUAACCCGAGGCCCAAACUCAGGUCUUAACCAUGGUUGGGAAGGCUAUAAAUACCUCAGGCCUGAACCCAUUUCCAUUGUGCGAUCAUAAUUGAAGCAAAGCUCUGCCAAAAUUUCUAGAGAGAUAAAGCCCUUAGAUCGAUCAAACCCGCAUUUUCAAGGUCAGUUCUUCCUUCGUUCUUGAGACUUUAGUCGUAUUUUGCUUAGCGAGCGUCAGAUCUAGUGUUAGUCCCUUAGGACCCUGCUUCCUUCUACUUCUUUCUUCAUCUGCCAGCGAUUCACAAGAUAUUUCCCGAGAGCCUUCGGUGCAAUCCGAGACUUGGUCGGAUGAGAGGUCAGCAAGUGAGGAGGCCUCGUCUCAUGACGAUUCUGCCUUAGCACAGGAGGUGCAAAUGGACCUCAUAGCCGAAGCCGGGGCCGAGGAUUUUUAACAAGUGAACGAGGACGAGGAGCUGGCCCUCGCCGUUCAAACGGACGAAGAAGAGGAGGAGAGAGAACGCCAUCUGGUGAAUGUGGUUAUCCCCUCGGCUAUCGCUAGUGGGGCAAGAACUUCACGCCCCCUAAGCUUGGAUCCCCUUCGAGAUGCACCUCUGAAGAAAACAAAGAGGGUGAAAGUAGCUCCUGGGAAGAAGAGGAAUGCAGCAGACCAUGGAAAACUUGUGGGGAUACCAGAGGGGCAUUCGUACUUGAACACUGCGAACCUUACGCUAAAGUCAAAGGCUGACCGCGCAGAGUGUUAUAUUACUCAGCUUGACAUUGGGCCCUCAGCGACGGUGAUAGAGCCGGGUCCCAAUGAGGUGAUAUCCCAUGCUCCAGAGGGGUGCUUCGCAGUCCACGUCCUCUCUAUUUCAAUGGGCCUUCGGUUUCCAUUACAUCCUUUUGUCCGGGAGUAUCUCAGGUACGUUGGUUUGGCCCCUUGCCAGCUAACCCCAAACAACCAUUCGUAUAUAGCCGGCUUCUUGCACCUCUGCCGGUCCCGGGGGGCAACUCCUAACCUCGAUCUGUUCUUUCAAAGCUUCAACAUUGGCCAAGGAGGUCAUACAACCGUCGAUGGGUUUGCGAAUUUGCAACAGGUCCCCCAGUGGAGGCUAUUCUCUGAUGUGCCCUCGUCUCAUAAAGGCUGGAAGGACCGCUUCUGCUACAUCAAGAUGGAGGAGAAUCCAUUCUCGGGGGAGCUGCGGAACCAUUUCAGGCACCAUCCGAAGGUGGAGAGCGCUGCCCUCGAGAAAGAUGGUAGGAAGAUAUCAGCAUUCCCGGAGGGGUCAACCAAGCUGGCCACAAUCAAGGACUCUACCCUCUUGGAGGAUCUUUAUAAUUUGGGCUUCCAGCGUUACCGUUUCCUGGGGGAAAGGACAAGAAAUACCCCCUCCUUGAUCGCUCCUUCGAGGGCACUGGAGGUUGUUCCCGAAGGCUCUAUAUUGUUGUACUUAGAGAAAUGUUUGCAUUCGUUUCCUGGGGGAAAGGACAAGAAAUACCCCCUCCUGCAUCAUUUCAUUAUUGCCUUCGUAUCUGACCCCUCAGUUUAAUUUAUCCUUGCUGUUUUGCAGACGCUAACAUGGAUGUGAAGUCCCUUUAUGCACUAAAGAAGCAGAAGGCGAAGGAUCAGAAAGAGUCGGGCAAGCAGAAGCCCGUUGAUGCCUUCUUCCAAAGGGGGGUGAGGAGCCCUCCGCAGCUGCCGGUGGUGAGACCAGGGGAUCUCAGGCCGUAGUGGCCUUGAAGAAGAAGAAGGCCGGAAAGGGGGUUGAUCCCCCGGCAAAGAAGCAUGAGGUGGCCGAUUCCGGCAAGCAACCUGCCUCUAAUGAGGUGAUAGUCGUGGAAGAGGGGUGCCUCCAGCCCCAUGCCUCAAGAAUUCGUGAAUGAAGACUUCUUCGGCCGGGAGAAGCUGGAGGCAGUCGUACCAAGGGACAGCUCUGUUCUGGAAGCUACUCUAAGCCCCUUGGUGCUCAUGAACCAGGUAAUGCCUUCGGGCGAUAGGGUGGCCCUUACCCGGUUGGACAAUGAAGCCCUCAACUCUAAGAUCCUCCUGAACAACGCCUCGACCUUAAUGGGCCUCUGUGAGCAGAUUCGGAGGGUGGAUCAGAUAAUGAAAGACAAGGCCGCAGUUGAUGAGGCUUUGAGGAAAUCCGAUAAGGAGAAUGCCUCCCUUCGGAAGAAACUGGCGGAGGCGGAGGCUAGCAUGGGCCCAAGGCUGGAGGCUGCUGAGGCCAAAGGCAAAGCCAUUACUGGGGAGGCUGUUAUGAUAGCUGCUGAGACUGCUGAGAGGGCCUCAGCCCCCGGUGUGAGUGAGUGUGUCGGAGGCUUCCAAAGUGUGGACUUAGCUAAUUUUAGCAACACCUGUUGCAUAGGAGCCUUUGGAAUAGGGUCCAAUAAUCAAAGGAGAACUUCUGGUCUUUGGGAAAGAAACCCCCUGGUUUGUUGCCGAAGGGUGUUUCAUUAUGGACCGUAAUACUUUUACUCAUUGAUUGCUUGUUGAGUCUACUCCCCUUCCCCCUAUUUUUUUUGGAUAGUGGAGGGAAUGCUUCAAGAAACUUGGUUCCUUGGUAAGGCUUGGCCUGUCAAGAGGCAACAGUGUAAACCGUUGGCUCCCCCCUCGGUGUUAACCUUCCGGGUUCCGAGGGUUUUGAGAGUCGUUUCCUCGGCCUGAGACAUAGUCUGUUACCUGCCUGCCCUUGGGGGAUGGCACGGAAAGCAUCUCGAUUUUGAAAGUCGUUCCCUCAGCCCGAGACAUAGUAUGUUACCUGUUUCUCCUUGGGAGAUAACACGAGAAGCAUUUCGGUUAUGAAAGACGAAUCCAGGGCCCGGGACAUAGUCCGUUGCCUGCCAUUCCCUUGGGGUAAUGGCUCGGAAAGCGUUUCAAUAAAGAGUUUUAUUUGCAUAUUAGUUGCAAAUGGCCGGGGGCACUUGGCACUUCCGGAACAGAUAGGUGUAGCCUUCGGUAUCAGGGCAUCCUCGAGGGGAACGACUUUGUCUCCAGCGUAAUGUUGUGGGUGUUUUAGGAAACACUUGGUGUUAUGCUUCAUACUCUGCCCCUGGUACUUGGUACCGAGGGCUCAUUUCCAUGUAAAAAACACUUAGUGUUUUUUCUCCCAAUUUUUCUUUUUUUUAUGGGAGAAGGCCUUGGGCCGGGGGCUUGUCCGAGGGCUUGGCCGCUCAUAUACAUUCUGCACUUGGUGUCUCAAAAUGUGUUUAUUCUUGAAAAAGAGGGGGCAUUGGGCCGUUGGAUAAGUACAUUCGUGUGCUAUGAGGGCUUGGCCACUCAUAUGUUACUGAUAGAUUUUGACUAGGUGGUGUACAUUCCAAUGCCUACGGAUCUCGGUCCCAUUGAGGCGCCUUAGCUUGUAAGUUCCUGGAUUGAUGAUGGCUGCUACAAUGCAGGGGUCCUCGAACUUAGGUGCUAGCUUCCCACCCUCGGUGGGUUGGCUGGCUUCCCUUCUUCUAAGGACGUAGUCCCCCACUUGGAAUUCCCGGGAAUCAACCUUUGCAUCAAUGUAGCUUUUUACUUGCCUCUGAUAGUUCUCCGCUCUUAGGAAGGCUUGUUCCCUUCGUUAUGAGAUGAGAUGGAGGUCGAGGGUCAUGUUGGCGUCGUUGACCUCGGGCUCGUACUGAUCCACCCUUCGGGUAGGGAGAGUUUCUUCAGUGGGAGCUUUAGCCUCAAAUCCAUAGCACAGGGAAAAAGGUGUUUCACCAGUUGCCCUCCUAAGGGUGGUGCGGUAGGCCCAUAGGAUGUUGUGAAGCUCUUCGACCCAGCCUCCCCCUUCAGCCUCUAGUUUCUUCUUUAAGCCCUCCAGUAUUGUGCGGUUGGCGUUCUCGACUUGGCCAUUGCCUUGGGGUAGGCAACUGAUGAGAAGGUGUGCUUGAUGUCCCAUGCCUCCAGGAGGGCGCAGAAGGGGGCUGCCUCAAAUUGAGUACCAUUGUCGGAGAUGAUUUGUUGAGGGACGCCGAACCUUGUGAGGAUGCUUUUGAGAACAAAAUGGCGGCACCUAGCCUCGAUAAUGCUGGCGAGGGGCUCCGCCUCCACCCAUUUGGUGAAGUAGUCUAUAGCCACGAUGAUGUACAUGUUGUUAGAGGUGCCCCUCGGCAAUGGGCCUACUAGGUCGAUGCCCCAUCUGGAGAAGGGUAUUGCUGCGCUGAUGGGGGCGUACUUAACCGCUGGCCUCCCGGGAGCCUUCUGGCAGUGUAGACAGGCGGCGCACCUUGUGCGAGAUUGGCACAAUCCCGGGCCAUUGUAGGCCAGAUGUAGCCUUGGGCUAUAAGCCUUCGAGACAUAGAGAAGGUCCCUAGUGAGUUGAGCAGGUGCUAUAGUGCACUUCCUCCAUUGCAACUUCGGUUUCAUCCCGAUGAAGGCACCAGAGUAACGUUCCGUUGUAGGAUCGUUUGUAAAGCCUUCCAUUUUUGAAUGUAUAGCUGGGAGCCCUCAGCUUGGGUAAUUUUUGGCGGCCUUCUUCAUCGCGCAGUUUCCCUGUGGUGAUGUAGUUGCCGAUAUCCGAGAUCCAGUCUUCCGGUCCUUGUUGUAUGUCCAUGAUGGGGCUGGCAUGUAUGCUUGAGAGGCUGAGUUCCUCUAUCCUCGCGAUCUUGGAGAGGUGCUCCGGAGACUCAUCCGAGAGUUUGGAUAAGAUGUCGGCCUCAGAAUUUUGAGCCCUCGGUAUUUGAGUGAUGGAGUGAGCCUCAAAUACAUUGAGCAAUUCCUUGGCCGCUUCCCUGUACUGAUUCUUCCUUCCUUCACCUCAUAUUCGCCAUAGAUCUGGCCAACUACUAGCUUAGAAUCACACUUCACGUGGAUCAUCCUUGCUUUGAGGUUGGCUGCCAGCCAAAUGCCACAAAGAAGGGCCUCAUACUCCGCUUCGUUAUUGGAAAAUUUGAAGGAGAAGCGGAUGGCGUAGUAGGCGCGGAAGCCUUCGGGCGUGAUGAGGACUACGCCCCCUCCGCAUGCUUUUGUUGCCGAGGACCCGUCUGUGUAGAGGGUCCACCAUUCAUCCCCCUAUGUCGAGGGCCCUUCUACCUCAGCUGACCUUGCCGUGCAUUCCGUCACAAAAUCUGUCAUGGCUUGGCCCUUGAUGGCAGGCCUCAGAUGGAUUUCAAUGUUGUAUUGGCUCAGGAAGAUGGCCCAUUUUACCAUUCGGGACGAGUUGGUGAGACUCCUCAUCAAUGCGCCGAGGGGCUGGUGCGUGAGGACCUGGACAAGAUGGGCUUGGAAGUAAUGGCUCAGCUUCUUGAUGGUCCAAACGAUAGCUAGUACCGUCUUCUCCACGGGAGAAUACCUGAGUUCUGCCUCCCUGAGGGUUUUGCUGACAUAGAAGAUGGCAUGUUGGAUGCCGUCUUCCUACCGGAGUAGAAUUUAGCUGAUGGCCGCAGGGCUAACGCCAAGAUCAAGAUAUAAUGUUUCCCCCACCUUGGGCUUGGAGAGCACAGGGGGUGAAGACAGGUAUUGUUACAAUUCUUCAAAGGCUUUUUGACACUCCGUUGCCCAUUGGAAGCCAGUUGUCUUUCUCAUGAUCUAGAAGAAGGGAAGGGCCUUUUCUGCUGACUUAGAAAGAAGGUGAUUGAGGGCUUCCAGGCGACCCGUCAACCUUUGGACUUCUUUGACGUUGCGUGGAGGCUCCAUGUUGAUGAUGGCCUGGAUUUUCUCAGGUUUGCCUCAAUACCUCUUCGGAUUACCAUGUAGCCUAGAAACUUGCCUCCUUGCACGCCGAAGGUGCAUUUCUUCGGGUUCAACCGGAGAUUGAAUUUUUGCAUGAUGGCGAAAAUUUCCCGGAGGUCCUUGGCAUGGCUGGUUGAUCGUUUCCUUUUGAUGAUCAUGUCGUUGACGUAAGCCUCCAUGGUGCGCCCUAGGACGGCUUGAAAGACUCUGACCACCAUCCGGGUAUAAGUGGCGCCUAAAUUCUUUAAGUCGGAGGCCAUAACUAGAUAGCAGAAGAUGCCUUCGGGAGUCAUGAAGGCUGUUUUCUCCGUGUCUUCCUCAUGCAUGUAGAUUUGGUGAUACCCUCGGAAGGCAUCGAGGAAUGACAUGAUUUUACAGCCCGCCGUUUCAUCCACCAGCUGGUCAGUGUUCGGUAGAGGGAAAAGAUCCAUAGGGCGUGCCUUAUUCAGGUCUGUGUAAUCCACGCACAUGCGGAAGGAGGGUGGUUUUUGUGCGAGGACCACAUUAGCUAACCAUGAAGGGUAUUUUACCUCCCUGAUGUGUUUGAUGGAGAGGAGAAUAGUGACCUCUUUCUUUACGAAGUCCCUCCUUUCGGUCGAGAGGGACCUUCUUCUCUGUUGCACAAGUUUUGAGGAAGGGUCCACCGCCAGGCGAUGAGUGAUCACCCUUCGGCUGAUGCAAAGACAACGGCGUAGGCACGGAGGGCCUCGGUGAUGCUGGUCUUCAAGUCUUCAGGGAGCUUGGAUCCAAUCUUUACGACUCUCUCCGGCUUGGCCGGGUUGAGCGCAAAGUCUUCCACUUCUUCAGUUGGUUCUGCCCUCGGCCUCUUCUCUUCUACUUCUACCGUUCCGGUGAUGGUGUCUACAUGGAAUUCAGUCUUACUAACCUUUUUCGUUAUCUGGAGGUAGCAGGCGUGUGAGAGCUUCUGAUUUCCCCUCGAGUACCUGAUGCCCCCUUUAGCCGGGAACUUAAGGCAUAGGUGCUUCAUGCAGAUGACCGCCUCUAGGUCCUCAGGGUAGGCCGGCCGAGGAUGAUGUUGUGGGUGCAGUCGAUAUUGACGACGACGAACUCCACUUCGAGCUUGGCUCUAUGGAGCCCAUCGCCGAAGAGUACCGGGAGGGAUAUUAUCCCCUCAGAAUCUAUGGUGUCUCUGGUGAAGUCGGACAGAGAGUUCCGGAUGGGACGAAGAGAUUCCCUCUCCAGAUGCAGCUCCUUGAAUGUGCUGAGGUAUAUUACGUUGACGGAGCUGCCCAUGUCAACAUAAGUUCUGUGGAUAAUGGUGUCGUUGAUCUAACUUUGGAUCACUAGCGCGUCCCUGUGAGGAAAGGAACCCGGGGGGAGAUCAGCGGUUGUGAAUAAAAUGGGCUCCUCCCUCAACCGCUUCACGGGGGGAGAUCGGCGGUUGUGAAUACAAUGGGCUCCCCACAAGGGAUUGCGCUCACUUCUUCAUUUGGUUGGUGGAGUCUCCCCUCGUGUUGCCACCGCUGAUCAUGUAGAUGUGGCGAUUCUUUUCUUGGCACUGGUUGUACCCUUCUUCCUCGCUGAGGUUCCCGAUCUCCCUUUUCUUACCAUUCAGAUCGCCAAGGGGGAUGGUAUUUGGGUUAACCCAGGUGUUUACUUUCGUCGGGGGCCCUUAGUGAGCGUAUCCCCUAACGAAUUGGGACAGGUGACCCCUCUCUAUCAACUUCUCGAUGGCUGCCUUCAGCUGGUGGCAAUCAUCAGUUCAGUGGCCUGGAUGCCGGUGGAAACGGCAGUAGGGUUCCUCGGGGAUGAUGGCGUAUACUUCUCGAGGUGCCCUGGAAUCUCGCUCUACCAACCCCCUUUCCUCAGCAUAGCCCAGAAUGACGCUGAUGGGGUGCGUCAGGGGGGUCCGAGGGUGCUCUAGAAGAGAACGGUUUGGGCCUAGGCCUUCGGGUUAUUUUUGUAGCCUCCCCCGGACUUAGUUUGGUCGUGCCGGGGGCGAUCACUCGAGGGGACUGGACCUUUGGAUUGGUGGAAUGGAGCUCCCGACCCCCGAUGGUUCUUUUCAUCUGCCCUAAAACGUUGUUGCUCGGGGUUCUGGUGACACUUUUCCACCUCCUCGGCCUCUGCGUACCGGUCUCCCCGCUGGAGGGCCCUUAUGUAGUCGCAAGAGGGGUCGAUGAUGAGGCUCCUUGAGAAGUUCUCGGUGCGGAGAACCGUCUGUAGGAGAGCCAUAAGGGUCCUGUAGUCGGCGUUGUCAACCUUGUCCGUCUCCAGCCUCCAGCAUUCCAAGAAAUCCUGGAGGGUUUCCUCCUUCCGUUGCCUCAUCGUGAGUAAGUGGGAGAAAUGUUUCCUUGACCGGUGCCUUCCCACAAAUUGUGUCAAGAAACGUUGGGCAAGCUCUUGCCACGAGUCAAUGCUGCCUUCAGGCAGUCUGUUGAACCAUUCAUAUGCCGGUCCUUCCAAGGUGGAAACGAACCAACGGCACAAAUAUUCAUCUGAUGCCCCUAUCAUCAUCAUGCUAUUUUGGUACCUACUAUAAUGUUCCUGGGGAUCCGUCUUCCCCUAAUAGGGCUUUAUGGUUUGUCCCUGAUACUUACCGGGAUCUAAGCUGCCAGUACCCUUGGGGUGAAAGGCGUCUUCGUGCGAAGAUGGACGACAGGUUCCCCGGAGCCCUCAGCAAUCUUCCUUUGCAUCUCCUCCAUUUUGGCCAGCAUGGCCUCAUAUUUGGGAUCCGCAUGGGAGGCGGAAGCGGUUGUGUGCGCUUGGCGAGCCUCCACUUCAUCAAGCCGGCGUUAUAGGGCCCCAAUGAUGUCAUCCCAGUGAUCCUUCGGGAGUGGUUCCGCCCCCUGUGAUUGUGCGCAGGCUGAGUGAGCUUGGAUGAUUUGGUGCCUGGCGUCAUCAGCAUGGAGCAGUCCCUUGCCUUUGUCCCGAGGGGGACGCCUCUCGUCUGCCCUCGAGAUGGAUCAUCCACUCUCCUGAGGUCUUUGGUAUGCCUUACCACUGAGGUGGUCUUGGACCCCUCGACGAUCUUGCACUCCUCCGAGCCUCUCGAGGGCGGAGGUUCGGGGCCUAUCUUUGUUCACCCCACACUGGUCCCAGGACUGAACUUCCUGGGAAGUGGUAUCCUAAGCAACGACCCCUUCAUUGUUCCCGAUCCAAAGGAUAGGGUUUACGAAGGGGGGUGGAGGUGGGGGAGGAACGAUGUUCUCCCCUACAUGUGGCUGAAGUGGCACCAAAGUGCCGAAGGCCCCAGGGUUCUGGGUGAGCGUCUGUAUGAAGGCAGAGAACACCGACUGCACAUCGACAGUGAGGACCGGAGGGCUCACUUGGUUUUCGCUCCGGUCCUUCUUCCGAGUUUCGAAGCCUAGGCGGGCAUCGGAGGCAUUCUUCUGGAGCUGGAGACGUAGGUCAACAGUAGCCUCUUCCAACCUGGCGAUGACUCCGCCCUCAAGAGCCCUGUUGGAGGCUCCAGGGGCGUCGACCUCGACGAGGGCUAGGUUGUUGUCUUCAAGGGUCUUGGACUGGGCACAAGUGGUUCUUCCCAUUUCGGUGGGUGUUUUUGUCCUUUGAAGGGGAAGGUUUCUUACUUGAUUGUUCGACCUCUCAACGAGAGCACCAAAUGAUGGAUAGUGUACCCGGGGGUAGCUUAUCCGAGGGGUUAUUACAGUGAAUAACUUAGAGAGAAGUCAGAGCAAUAAGUAAGAGAGAGAGUAGGUAUUCGAUAUAUAAGUUGUGUCUAUUACAAUGGAAAACGGAUGCUAUUUAUAGUAGUCAUAAAUGCUAAGCAAGGACACGUGUCAAACAUCUGACGACCGAGGGUCAUCUCAAUCGGGGUGACACCGGCAUUAGCAUGUACACCGCAUUAAAUGCGGUGGUUGGACGUGACACCGCAUUAAAUGCGGUGGUUUCCAAUCUUUAAAAGGAAUAUUCGUCGAGUCUGCUGUAUGCCGAAGGCCUAUGUGUGGACGAAGGCAUCAUAUAGCUGAAGGCAUCAUAUAGCCGAAGGUUAACAUUUUUGCCAGAACUUCCCGGAAGCUUUGCAGGUCCACGCCAAGUUGUCUCCUAGAAUUUAGGGCUCUCGGCCAUAGGGCCGAAGGCCUCCACGUGUGCAGCAUGGGUUUCUUUAUGCUUGGGCCGCUACGUUUGGACUUUGCAUGCUCAUCGGGCUUGAUGGGCCUGUAUAUGAGAAGUAGGAGUCUGUGGGCCGGGGGUCCCUGGGCCAUAUACUCCAUCAUAGGCUUAUCAGCCAAAUUUUUCGCCAAACACAUAAUUUUUGCUUGCGGGCGCUAGAUUGUGUAAUAAGUAGAAAAAAUAAGGUUGAAGUUACUUGAUAAGUCCGUAUUUAGACAUGCAUUUGAUGCGUGUUGGGAUCGGGUUUGAUGGUUUUCCCUAGAUUUAAGGUGUUACAAGUCUCAAUUUUAGCUCAAGUUAUGUUUACCAGGCGUUGGUUCGAGUUUUGUGUCAUUUGGAGUCAAAAUCAGGAUUUUAGAGUUCGGCACUGGCGCUUGAGGAGAAAUCGGGAUGAGUUGAAAAGCAUUUGAGAUUGAUUUGAGAGCUAUGGAGGUCAGUGGGAGGUUUACGAUGAAGAUUUGAUGACAAAAAAGCUCUAGGAUUGGCUUCGGGAUCAAAAGAAGAUGAAUGAAGCUUGAAAACGACGAUCAGGAUGACCUUCUGUCAAUCAUUCAAGAAUAUCUCUUUGUAGAAACAACUAAUGGACAUGAUUAAAGAUGUAUAUGAAAGACAACUUCAAGGGCUACAAAUCAUAUGAAUACACCAUUACGAGAAUAGGAGAGAAAGAAGGUUAAAACAGAUGACGAAGUCAGAUGAUCUCUGCGUCGAUUUCAGAAUGACACCGUCCACCGUUUUGCUCAUAUCUCUUGAUUGGAUGAUUCAAAUCACAUUCGGCAAGUUGGGGUGGAUAGCGGACUUCAUUAUCGAAAACAUCCAUGAAGGAAGUUUUGUCAAAUUCGGACUAGAGAAAAGGCUGAAGAACACGGACGCACGACCGUGCGUCUGGGACGCGUGAUCGUGCGUAAGAGCCAAAACCGUGGAGGAGCUACUGCCUGCUAGUCUGCUACGGACGAUCGUGCGUAGCCAGGGACGCACGAUCGUGCGUAGCCCCGAGUUACGCGCGGAAAUUUCCCACAUCGACCAAAAUUGUGAUUUUUCCCCUCUUUUCUAUAAAUAAGACCUCCCUAACCCUUUUUAGGGGGGACGAACAUUACGGAGAGACCUAGGGACGAAUUUAACACCGUUUCUACGCUAUUUUAUUCCAAGACCCUGGGAUUAUUUGUAAGUUCAUCUUUUUAAUUAAUGACAAUUUAUUCGAUUCUUCCAAAUUCUGUUGAUUCUUCAAUUAUUAAUUGUGAGUAGUUUAAUUAGGGAUUUGGGAUUGAUGAAGGGGGUUAAUCAUGAUUGAUGGCUAGAUUCUUUUCGAUUUAAUUGCAUGAAUGUCGUUUAAUUUGUGUUUGAAUAAUUUAACUGAUAUCUUUUGUAACCUGGAACCGCGGUUAGAAUUACAAUUGCACAUAGAAUAAAUCAAGAGAGAUCUAGUUUAUUCUAGGACACAUUCACACACACACUUAAUCGUUGGCUAAGAGAUUAGUAGCGAUUAAGGGGCCGUAAGCUCGCUCGUUGUGGCAAUAAUUUAGAAUCUUGUCGCAUUAGAGAUCUGCCUGGUCCCCUAAAUUAUUGUACUCUACGCCGCGAGAGCGGUAAGAACUUAGUAUUGAUUAGCUAGGCUCAAUUAAAUUAAUUUAAUGUAAUUAGGCCUGAUCUGCCAGAAAUCUGAUUACCCCGGAAUCAAUCCCUGCUCCCUUCGUCGUUAUUUAGAGAGAACUCAAUCUUUUAUUUUAAUCGUUCAUUCACAUUAGUUUAAUUUUAAUUCAACCAACCAAUCUCGCACGACGCAUUUAUUUUAUUUUAUUCCUUUGUAAUUGCUGAAUUUAAUUAAUCCUUGAUUCCCUUUUGUCCGUCCCUGUGGAGACGAUACUCGUACUUUCACCGAUAUUCUACAAUCUUUUAAAGUGUGAGAAAACUCACAUCAUUACUUUUAUGGCUGUAUUGGCUGAAGUUACUGUAGAUGACUAUUUUAGGUAUUUUUACAUAUAAUUUUUUCUUUAUUUUAUUAAUAAAAUAUAUUCUAAAAAUAAUUCUUUCUUAAAUCAACAGAAUCAGCCAAUGCAGCCACUUCAACCAGAAUUUCAUAAAUUUCAACAGAAUCAACCAAAACAGUUGAUUUUGGUGCUACCAAACAGGCUCUAAUUCUAGCAGUUAGACUGCAAGAGGAUCCAAGCCAAAGCCAUCAAGGAUCGUUCAAUAAUUCCUUCACGUUCUGGACAAAAUCUUUAAUUACUACUUAGUGGAAUUCUUCCUUACCUUGAAUCUUAGGCUUGAUUUGGUCAAUAGACUAAUUAAAGAGAACAUAAAAGGAUACUCGGUAAUAGUUACAGAGUAUAUGAUUCCAAGGGUAAUUUAGACUUAUAUAUUUCUUUUAUUUAUUAAUAAUUAAAUUUGUGGUUGUAGAUACGUGGCAUUAUAAAAUUUCUUGAAGCUACUUGGUGGUCCUAUUUGUACUGUUCAAUAACUAAGUAAGCUUAAUAGGGUUAGUGAAUUCCCUUACUCACCCAAAAUGUUGGUGUAGAUAAGUAGAUUGUAUUGAAGUUUUUCCCUUUAUUAUGUAAAUAUUUUUAAGGUUUAAUCUGUAUCAUUUUAUGACUUUGAUUGAACUUGAGUGUUUUAUUACGGAGUAUAUUUGACUACAGGUUAUUUGAAGUUUUUAUGGAGAAAAUUGGAAAUUGAGUACCGCAAUAGAAUGUCGACGGCCACUUUUCCACCUUUUCUGGAAAGUCUAUGUCGGUAGAAAACUUAAUAAUAUUGACAAAUUUAUUAAUUACACGAUCAAAUAUGUAGGUGAGUAAAGUUACAAGACUAACGGCGGACAAAAUCAAAAGUUAAGGGACUAAAACAACAUAUCUCCCCUUUUUAUAUGCCCUAAAUUUAUUUUCAAUUUAACAUAAUAUCAAUUAAUUCUCUAAGUUUGAGUAUUGAAAUGUAAUCAUUUUAUUCUCUAAUUUUGAGUAUCGAUUUGUUGUCCCUUUAGGUUUAUAAACAUUUGUUUUUCAAUAGAAAUUUUAGACCCGUUUGAUAAAAUUGAAAUUGACUUAAUCGGUUGAUUUUAUUGAAAUUGGUGAAGUUCUAGCUAAAGUGGUUGAAUUGGCUUAAUAUGCUAAAUUAUAAAAACCUUAUAUUUAAAAUUUAUUUAAUUAAUAUAUAAAGAAAAAAUAUUUGAAAAUAGCUAAAAUGAUCGUUAUGGUAACUUCAACCAACUCAACAAGAAACAUAGUUACAACCUUACUUAUUCUGAUUAUCACACAAUUAAGUGUCUGAAAUCAAAAUUUAUGUGUCUGAUAAGAUUGAUUAUUUGAAAAACAAGAUCACCAAACAUGCUAUUUGUGUAGUUUGUAGAUAUAUAACUUUGUAUCACUAGCUAAACUACUUUGAAAAUUCUAUGGGAAAUGAAGGAUUAAGGAAGUCUGUAAUUGGAUUGAAAAAUUGUAUUAAGCCCAGGCGGGCGCCGAGCCCUGAUACGCCCAGCUGCCAAUUAGUGUAAUGGACUCAAAGCCCGCCGCCAAACAUAGGUGAGGAUUUAAUGCAUCAAAUCUCCUCGUGAAAUAUAAAUUCAGCGCAUUAGCUUCAUGUAAUUUAAAAAAUGUGUCAAAUCCUCUGUGAUAUCAUUAAUCAUGCGCAAAAACCCUCAAAGAAUAAAUUUUACAAUUUUGAAAUAACUGUUUUAAUAAUAUGGUUGAAUAUACAACUAACUUUGUCAAAAUUUCUAAAUUAUACAAAAAAAACUAAUCAUUUUUCAUUUUUUUGGAAAUUAAAUUUGUUGUUGGAGAGGGUUUGGCGAAUAAUUAAUUACUCUCUCCGUCCCGCUAACAAUGGGACAAGAGGGAGUGACACACAAAUUAAUAGAAAGUGGUUUAUGUGGUUGAUAUUGAAUUGAUAAAGUAAGAAUAAAGUAAGAAUGAUUUACAGCAACACAAAGUAUACCAAUUAGAUAUGGGACAAUCUUAGUGGGACGGUCUGAUAAGGUAAAAUGAGACAAUCAUACCGAGAUGGAGGUAGUAUAACAUAAGGGAGUUUGACGCUUUUUUAAAUGAAAUUUGACUAAUGCGCUGAAUUUAUAUUUCACAAAGAGAUUUGAUGCAUUAAUCUCUCUAAGCGGGCUCGAGGUUUGAUAAGUUGUUCCCUAUAAGGAGAGAACAAGUGACUAAGUAAGGCUUGAUGCGACACUUGAGUAUUUUCACAUGUAGCUAACUAGCAGCCAACUUGCUUCAUCAAGUAAUUCGCACAAACCCUAGAAUCAAAUAAGGAAAAAUGCGUGGUGUACACCAAAUGUGUACAUCUUUUAUGUACGCAUGUCUGUCUCCAAUAAACAAGUUGUCUGUGUGUCCACAGACAACUCUACAUGUGAUAACUUGUAGAGUUGUCUGUGGACAGACAACUUGUAUGCUGGGGGACAGACAUGUGUACACAAAAGGUGUACACCAAGCAAAGUUGUCAAAUAAAAGUGCAUUUAAUGCACAUGUAUUUUAUGUACUACAUACUUACAUUUAAAGGGUCGACGAAUUGAUUCAAAUAGGGACUCUCAAUUGAUGAAGAGAAUUGCUUUGAUCCGAGACUCUAUGGUAUCCAAAUACCCCUCUAUACUCGAGACCAUUAUUAACCUUGGAAAGAUGGCUCACAAUGGUAAGCUUUCCUCUUCUAAGGUAUAUGACCUUCUUAGGAUGAAAGGAACAACUCAUGCAUAGAUGUCUUUCAUUUGGAAAGCCUAUAUCCCACCCAAGUUUUCUUUCAUAAUGUGGCUGGCCUAUCGUAAUAGGCUACCUACGUAUGACAACAUGGUGUAUCUUGAUAUUGUUAAUGUUUGUCCUUUUUGUAAGGGUGGUCCGGAGACGGUACCACACAUAUUCUUUGAAUGUGUAUGUACAGGGCAGAUUUGGGAGAGUAUCAAAGGAUGGCUCGGAAUCUCUAGGCAAAUGUCUUCGUUGAGGAGUGCGGUGAAAUGGAUUUCAAGAGAUUGCAAAGGAGCACAUAUUAGAGCAAAGGCUACACGGAUAGCUUUCAGCUACACAAUCUAUUGGAUAUGGAGGACUAGAAAUGCGAUUCGUUUUGAUGGAGCAUCACCAAAGCUGGAUGAUACAAUUGCACACAUUAAAUAUAUGGUUUACAAAGUGCUAUUCUCGCUAUAUCCGUAUCAUAUGAUACCUUUUUGAAUUAGAAACUAGCCUGUUUUUUGUCAUGAGGUGAUGGCUAUUGUUUUUGCUAGAUGAUAGUAGUUAGAAGUUAAUAAACUCUACAGCUUCUGAAGUUAUAGGGUAUCCUUGCUUGGAUAUGCCUCAAAUUUUGCUCAUAUGAUGUACAUAAACUCGGUUACUAUCUAUAUAUUUACAUUCCCCAAAAAAAAAGGGUCGACGAAUUAUUUGCAUUCA